CCGGGAGAGGGCGGGGGGUUCGACUUGAGAGGCCGGCCUUUGAGUUGAAGGCGGGAAAAUGGCGGAUACCUCGGGGCGGGGCGCUGCGAAGCCUCCUGCCGUGGGCCCCAGCACUGCCAGGGGUGCUAGGAGCAAAGGAAGAACACAAGGUGGAAGGAUAGUGGAGUCGCGGUACUUGCAGUAUGAAAAGAAAGCCCCCAGAAAGGCUUCUGCAGCAGAUGCAUUAAAGGCCGGUGGGACGAUGCCUGAAGGUGGAACAAAAUCCAGCCAGCUCCAAAAGAGCAAAGAUGGCAGUGGAGGUGACAAAGGCAACCUGCAGUCGACCUUGCUGGAUGGGCAUGACACUGCCUUGUCUGACCUGGAUCUCUCGGCCAUUCAUGAUAAAAGUGUGGUCCGAAAGACUCCGCAAUUUAAAAAAAAGUCAAAGAAAGCUGAGUUGUCAUCAUCUUCCACCGUGAGUGAAAAGAGCCCAGAUCUAUCACAAGCGAUGGAAAUGAUGGAGUCCCAGACUCUCCUUCUGACCCUGCUGACCGUGAAGAUGGAGAAUGGCCUGUCUGCAUUCGAAGAACAGGCAGAAAAGAACCUAGAAAUAUUGUGUAAAGAGAAAGAGAAACUCCAGAAAAAGGCUUAUGAGUUGAAGCGCAGGCUUCUCCUCUGUCAGAAGAAGAGGGAGCUGGAGGACUUCCUGGAUGCACAGAUUGAGAUGCUGAGCCCCUUGGAGGCUGUGGCCAGCCGCUUUCGGGAACAGUACAAGACAUUCGCAAUGGCCCUGGACACCACACGGCAUGAGCUGCCCGUGAAAUCAGUCCACCUGGAUGGAGACAGGCAGCUCUUCUUAGACGAGUUGCAGCGGGAAUUGACGACCACACGCCAUCUGCUGGGAGAACUUGGCAUUGGCAGCUCAGAAGACAAUGUGAAGGCAUUUGACAUGAUGAGGGAACUCAGGGAGGUGAUCCAGAAGAAGGACCUGGAGCUCCGAAGUUUCAUUGUAGAAAAUUGAGAUCAUCGAAAGGAGAGUUGCAAAUCAUCAAAAACUGUCACCAGCAGCAGAGACAAGCACAAUUCAUAUUCUGGAGCAUAUGAUUCCAUUCAAAUUUCAGACAAAAAUGAAGUGGAAAUGCACCCUGGUGAUAUGCCAUCUGCAAUAGCAUGGGCAUCUUUAUGUGUCAAAUGUCAUCUCUUCCUGGCUUUGUUUCACGUUUUCCUGUUGCACCGGAAUUGUAGGGGUGGGUUGUGAGCCCCAACUCUCUCCUGGAAACUCUCAGCUCUGCACCCUGGAUGGUCACCAGGCAUUGUGUGUUCUGUCUGACUGUCACGUGGAACAUUCAAGUGAUGGUGAACUGUGGUGGAGUUUUGUUUGUUUGUUGUUUGGCUCUGCCGAGUAGCAUGAGGGAUUUCAGACCCCUGACCAGGGGUGAAACCUGUGCCCACUGUGGUAGAAGCAUGGUGUCCUAACCAGCGAAGUCCCAUGAUGGAGGUUUCAAUUCUGGGGUUGUUGGUCUUCAAAGAGAAUUCCGCAUCCUGAGAAGGUUGAGUCUAUUUGGGGUACUACCUGGAAGAGACAUUAAAAGAACAAGAUUUGCCCAAAGGACCAAUGAGACUCAGGCAGACACCUGGUCCUCAUGGAGAAUGUGUUUGAGUGCCAUAGUAGGGUGAAAUUUGCACCCCCGCCCCAAGUUACCUCUGAAUCCUGACCCCUGGAACCUGUGACUGUGAAUUUAUUUGGAAAACAGUCUUUGCAGAUGUAAUAAAGUGAGGAAUCUCGAGAUCUGGGUGAGCCCUAAAGCUGAUGACAAGUGUCCUUACAAAAGAAAGACAGAGGGGAGAUUUGAGACAGAAAGAAAUUUGUGAAGACGGAGGCAGAAACUGGAGUGAUACGGCCACAAGCCAAGGAAUGCUGAGAGCUCCCAGAAGCUUGAAGAAGCAAGAAGACACCUCUUCUAUAGACGUUGGAGGGUACAUGGCCCUGCUGAUGAUAUCUUUCUUGUUUCCUUUUUCCUUUUUUAAAUGAAAAAAGAAAUGUAUAGGACUUUGCUGGUGGCCCAGUGGUUAAGAAUCUGCCUGCCAAAGCAGGGGAUAUGGGUUUGAUCCCAGGUCUGGGAAGAUCGCACAUGCCGUGGGGCAACUAAGCCUGCGUGCUGUGGAGCCCGAGUCUGUGCUCUAGAGCCUGUGUUUUGCUGCAAGAGGCGCCAUCACAAUGGGAGAAUGGAAACGAAUAGUAGCCCCCACUUAGCACAACUAGAGAAAGCCCGUGCACAAAAACAAAGACCCAGCGUAGCCAAAAAUAAAUAAGCAGUUUAAAUAUGUAUAGUUUAUUUCCAAUGUUGUAUUAGUUUCUAAUGUAUGGCAAAGUGAUUCAGAUAGAAAUGUACAUAUAUUGUAUAUAUAAUAUAUUCCUUUUCAAUAUUAUUUCC